GAUCAAUGAUUAAUUUUCAUUUUUGUAGAGAAUGUACUGGAUAUAAACUCACUGUAAACUUUACAAUAAACACUGUAUAUAAUUGCUUAAUUAGACACAAAGAUAAAACUACUGCUUAUGUUGUAAAGUUAAAAGUGGCUCUUCAUCAUUUCAUAUCAACAGAAAAACCCAAACCGACUGUGAGAGUAAAUCCUCAGAGCUCCGUCUACACUGGAGACAGAGUUACUCUGACCUGUAAUCUGCUGUCUACUGGAUGGACUUUUCUCUGGUACAAAGAUUAUCAGGAAUCAAAUCCCCUGUCUCCUGGAACCAGAAACACCAACACACUCAGUGUAACAGUCACUAAUGAAGGAGUAACACGGUACUACUGUAAAGCACGCAGGGGAAACUACGACUCAGCAUACAGUGAUCCAAUCACAAUUACAGUGAGAGCGAGACCAAAGUUUGCAGUGAAAGUACAGCCAGCUGAGCGUGUGUUCAUUGGGGAAACCGUCACUCUCACAUGUGAGAUACAGACUGGAGAAUCCUGGCGUUACCUCUGGUAUAGAAAUAAUGAAGAACUCAGUGAUGCUGCAGGAAAGAAAACACACACAAUCUCUCAUAUUAAAGCGUCUAAUAAAGGUGAUUAUACAUGUAAAGGAACACAGUCAUCAGACCCUAAACACACACAGUCCAGUGAUGCUGUAACACUGACUGUAUCAGGUGAGUGUGUUUUAUCUCACAUAUUGUUUAUUCCAUUAACAGUGAAAAGUGUAGAGGUGUAUUUUUUCAUUGUUGAGAAACGUUUUUCACACAGAUAUGUGCUUCCAAAAAGGCACAUUAACCGACUGAACAUUUUUAACAGUUCUGGGAAGGAUGGAGAAAAACCUAAACCUCAACUCACAUCAGACCUUAAAGGAGCUGCACUGACAGGAAACUCAGUGACUCUGUCCUGUACACUGAAGCCACAGUCUGAUGGAUGGAAGUUUUACUGGAACAAACCCACACAGAGCACUGAGACUGAAACACACUCCUACACCAUCAGAUCAGUUAGUGUCUCUGAUGGAGGUCAGUACUGGUGCAGAGCUGGAAGAGGAAACCCAGUCUACUACACAGACAACAGUAAUGAACUCCAACUAAAAGUUACUGAGAGUCCUAAACCUGUGAUGAUUAUAAAGCCUGAUACACAGGUGUUCAGAGGAGAGAGAGUGACUUUCAGGUGUGACAUACAGGGAGGAGACACUGAGUGGACAUACGACUGGUAUAGGGACGAUAACACAUUCUACACAUACCACACAACACUGGAGAUCAUCAUCAGUGAUUAUUACAGUGGUAAAUACACCUGCAGAGGAAAGAGGAGAAGUGACUCUCAGAUCUCAAAGACGAGUGAUCCUGUUAUACUCAGUGUAUCAGAAAAACCUAAACCUGAACUCAUAUCAGACCUUAAAGGAGCUGCACUGACAGGAAACUCAGUGAUUCUGUCCUGUACACUGAAGCUGCAGUCUGAUGGAUUGAAGUUUUACUGGAUCAAACCCACACAAAGCACUGAGACUGAGACUAAAACACAGUACUACUUCAUCAGAUCAGUUAGUGUCUCUGAUGGAGGUCAGUACAGGUGCAGAGCUGGAAGAGGAAACCCAGUCUAUUACACAGACUACAGUGAUGCACUCUGGGUAAAUGUUACUGGUGAAUCUCCUCCAGUGUCUCUGAUCAUCAAUCCCAGCAGAACUCAACACUUUACUGCUGACUCUCUCUCACUGAGCUGUGAGGACCAGAGUGACUCUACUGGAUGGACAGUGAGAGGAUACACACACAGUGAGACAGUGUCUGAUUGUUCAUCAGUUUCAGGAUCUACGUGUAACAUCAGCUCCCUCUCUACAUCACACACUGGAGUUUACUGGUGUCAGUCUGAAUCUGGAAGACGCAGUAAUCCUGUCAACAUCACAGUGCACAAUGGUGAUGUGAUCCUGGAGAGUCCUGUCCAUCCUGUAACUGAGGGACGUCCUCUGACUUUACGCUGUUUACAUCGCAACUCAAAGAUCUCAGACUCUGGUGUUGAUUUCUAUAAAAAUGAUUCAGUUCUCCAGUCCCAGACUACAGGAGAGAUGACCAUCAGUACUGUCUCAAUGUCAGAUGAAGGUUUCUACCACUGUAAACACCCAGAGAGAGGAGAGUCACCGAAAAGCUGGAUUUCAGUCAGAAGUGAGGAAACCAUGUCUUCUUACUUGAAUUAG